AUGUCUGAAAUCCACAAAUCUGGGACUGCCGACGGAUGGCACGGCGUCAUCAGUCCAGACAGCGAGUUUCCUCCUGAAAAAAGCCGAUACCAUCUAUACAUUGGUCUAUUCUGCCCCUUUGCUCACCGGGUGAAUCUUGUCCUCCAUCUCAAGGGAUUGACGGAUCUCAUCGACGUGUCGGUCGUGUAUCCGUAUCCCAAGGGUGAUAGUAAGGGAUGGCCUGGUUGGCGGUUCCCACCGGAUAAUACCGAGUACGACCUUGCAACGGUCGACAAGCUGUUCGGCAGCUCGUACUUGCAUGAGGUGUAUUUCCGCGCGGACCGGGAGUAUAAGGGGAGGUAUUCUGUUCCCUUGCUUUGGGACACGAAGACGAACAAGGCGGUCAAUAAUGAAAGUGCAGAGAUGCUCCGUUGGCUCCCCUCGGCGUUUGACUCGAUAUCGCCUGAUCUGGCGGAGUUGGAUCUGUACCCAUCUGCACUGAGAGGGGAGAUUGACGACAUAUCCGAGUGGAUGCAGGCUCAUGUGAACGCGGGGGUGUACAAAGCCGGAUUUGCGAAUAGCCAGGAGGAAUACGAUGCCAACGUGGUGAAGGUGUUUGGUGCGCUGAACAAGCUCGAGGAGAUCGUGUACGCAAAGGGGGGCCCGUUCGUGCUGGGCAAGACGCUGACGGAGCUCGACGUACGCCUGUACGCGACGCUCAUCCGUUUCGAUACGGUGUACGUCCAGCAUUUCAAGUGUAACCUGGGCACGAUCCGGCAUGAUUACCCCGUCUUGAACAAUUGGUUGAAGCAUUUGUAUUGGAACGUCAAGUCCUUCAAGGAGACGACAAAUUUCAAACACAUCAAGGAGAAUUAUACCAAAAGCCAUUUUGAUAUCAACCCCAAAGCGAUCACUCCUAUGGGUCCGUUCCCGGACAUUGAGACUGGUGUCGAGGAGGAUUUCUCGCGGCUCAAGGUUGGGAGUGUGAAUCAUCUGGCCGUGGUGGAAUUCCAGCGGACUCUGGGGUAA